GCUGGGCUACGGCGCCGUGUGCAGCUUUCGCGUCAAGUUUUGGUCGCGCGGCGAGGAUGGCCGGGCAGUCGCGGCGGGGUUCCCGCGCUGCGAGUGCAGCGCUGCUAGCGUCCCUGGCUUUCCUCGUCUCCGAGCACGUGAGUUUCGUGCCGGCCGGUGCCAUUGGCCCACGGGUGGAAGGAUUGUCCAGUCUGCCGGAGCGUCUGCCGGAGCUUGGCGCGCAGAUCGCGCUGGCGGACAGUCCCACCCCGGACUUGACGCCCUUGGAGAAGUACGGCCCGGAUCCCUUCUUCUACACCUACAUCAUUGUGUCCGUGCUCGUCGUUGUGGUGUCUCUCUAUUUGAUCACCAAACCCUUUUGGGAGCAGCGUUGGUUGAUCGAGAAGAUUAAUGCGCAGAAGCUGAAGUUCAUUACCAAUGAGAGCGAGGUCACCCCGAAGGAGCAGUUCGAACUGGGUCGAAUGUACAAUGCCCUGAAGGAUUUCCCAUCGGCGCUCGCGGAGUUUGAAGAGGUUGAAGAAGACUUCGACGAGAUUCGAGCGGUCUUGGACCCUGAGGACGCCAUGGGUGCUCUGGCGGCCAGAGCGCAGCUUCACAACAGCAAAGGCUUUGCUUUGAUGAAGCUGGAGCCGCCCCGCACUGCGCAAGCGCGCCGCGAGUUCGUGCGCGCUGUGACGUAUUGGCCUGAAUAUCCUGAGGCCUUGCUGAAUAUCGGCCGUGAGCUGAUGAAGAGAAAACGAUUUGAAGUCGCUGUUCGCACCUUGAACACGGCCUUGAAGUGGCAGCCCGGCAACGAAGACAUCGCCGACUUCGCCGAGCAGGCCAGAAAAGCCAUGGAUGGACAGCUGAGUGAGCAAGAAAUCAAAGAAAUUGCCGCAUGAGGCAAGCGGAUUGCCGUGUGGAUCGGAAGCAC